AUGCGGUCUCCGCCACUUGCUAGCUUGCUUUUGCCGAGCUUUGUUUACUGGGCACAUAGCCAAGAUACAUCUACACCAGAAUGUGCUACUGCUUGCUCUCGCGAUCUUAUGCACUACCAUGACAUCUCUACCAUGGAGGCUCUCUGCGACAACAUUGCCAUUCAACGAGAACUCUUCCUGUGUCUGGCCAGUUCUUGUACUGAUCAUUAUGGUCAAGCCUUGACACAUGCCAUCUCUACAUGCUACAAUCAAGGUGCUUUCAUUAGCAACCUCCUCCCCGUUGAGCUCCACCACACGAGCCUCUCCCCCCUUGUCGCUCGCUCCGAUACUGCCAGCUUCGGAUUUGAAAGUCGCUUCAGUCUUUCAGUUGAUUGCAAGGCCGGUUCUGACGGUGUUCUUACCCUUUCUCUCCCAGAACCCUCCCCUUCUUCUGCUGGCCAGCCGGUAUCAGGCGGUGGCAACUCAGGAUAUGGGAACGGCAACCCCAAUGCUGGGACAAACCCGUCAACUGGCAGCAGUUCUGGAGGCAAUGGCAACUCCGGCAGUAACAACGGAGCAGGCAGCUCGGGCCCUGACGCCGAUUGCGACGAAGGUAGCCCGAACAGUGGUCCGUCACAGCCUAGUAACAGCAACGGACAGCCUCAGUCCCAACCCGACCAAGGUGGACGGCCUCAACCUCAACCCCAGCCCGCUCCUGCACCAUCGAGCCCCCCUUCAGAUAACGGCGUAGCUGGGCAGGGGGCGGCUGGGGGUCCGGCAGAAAAUUGUGACGACAACCCUCCGCCAGGACAUGAUGCUGCAUCCCCAGGAAACGGUCCUACCGAGGCUUCACCUGCGGGUUCGGGCGGCCCAGUCGAUUGUUCGGUCUAUGUCAACGACCCAGCGUGCGAUGGUCAGAGUCAACCGCCCAAUGGACCCCCAGCUCCUGCACCAGCUCCCGCACCAGCUGGCCCUCCCCCUCCACCUCUUCAGCCAGCACCUCCUCAGCCAGCACCUCCUCAGCCAGCACCUCCUCAGCCAGCACCUCCUCAGCCAGCACCUCCUCAGCCAGCACCUCCUCAGCCAGCACCUCCUCAGCCAGCACCUCCUCAGCCAGCACCUCCUCAGCCAGCACCUCCUCAGCCAGCACCUCCUCAGCCAGCACCUCCUCAGCCAGCACCUCCUCAGCCAGCACCUCCUCAGCCAGCACCUCCUCAGCCAGCACCUCCGGCUGUACCACCAUCUUCCCCGCCUUCAGGAAAUGGUGUUCCUUAUGAUGGAGCACAUGGCCCUUGCCCCGGGGACAACUCAGAUCAAGGGAACAAACCUGACUCCCCUAAUCAAGGUGCUUUACCAAACAACGGUGGUCCUUCGAGUCCAGAAAACCCUUCUCUACCUGCUCUCCCACCCUCGAGCUCUCCAGAAGGUCAAGCCCCGAAUGGGUCUGGAGACGGUUCAGGUGAUGGACAGCCCAGUGCUCCACCUUAUCAAUCAGACGAUCACGACGGCUCCGGAUCAGAUGACCCAAACAAAGCAAGCGAUAACAAUAGCGGAUCGAAUGGGCAAGGCGAUUUCAGCCCUCAACCACCGGGAGCAGCACCAGUACCUAUACAGCCUGCUCCAGCUGGGCCCACAGCUUCGGCCCAGCCUCAAGGUGGCCCUACGCAACCGACUUCCCCUCAAACCACUGAUGCCAACAUUGCCGGAGGUCACAAUCAAGGGCCUCAUGUGAUCACGGUCAUUGUGCCUACUCAGGUUGAGAGCACCGAAGCAAGGGUCAUCACAGUCUAG